AUGGCGCGGACGGACGGCCAGCUUGCGCUGCUCCACGUGCAGCGCGCCAAUCGCCCGCGCAUUGCGCCGAUCCUCCGCGUUGUCACUACUGGCGCGGCCCCGCUCCCCGCGGUGGCGCUCGCGGCGCAAGGGCAGCUCGCGAAAGGGCAGGUCGCGCAACCGCAACCUGCGCAAGCGCAGGCGCAACUAGUGGCGGGGCGCGCGGGGCAGGUAGCGGCGCCACUGCAGGCCAGUCGGACUCUCAAGGUGACCUUUGACUCGUCCCAAAAGUCAUCAUCCCUCAAGAAGCCGUUUUCUUCAAAGUCCAAGCAUGCCCCGCUGCCGCCCAAACACGCCGCCCCUGCCAAGCAUGCCGCCCAGUCCAAGCAGUCUGCCGCCCAGAAGCGGACGGCGGGGGGGAAGCAGCCGCUGAGCCCCACUAGGCACUCUGCCAGGCUGGCGCUGAUUUCGCCCGCCCGGAAAAAAGGGCGGUGGGGUGGGGAGGAGUGGGAGGGCGGUGAUGGGGAUGAAGGGGAGGAGGGAGAUGGGGGGAGGAAGGAGGGGAGUAAGAAAGGGGCAGGGAAGGAGGAGGAAGGUGGAAGAAGGGGGGUGGAUGGGGAGAGAGAUGUGGAAGGGAAGGGGGACGAUGGGCGGAAGGGGAAAGGUGUAUGGAAGGGGAGAGUGGAGAGCGGUGCAGAUGGUAAAGCAAUGGGUCGCACAGACAGAGGAGGCAGCAAGGGAGUGCGAGAGGAAACUGGGAGCAGAGGUGGAGGGAAGGGGGAGAAGGAGAGGUGGGGGGGAAAGGGGUUGCGGGAGAGAGGAGGUCAGGGUGGUAAGGAAGGGAUAGAGGAAAGUAGAGAGGAGAGGCAAGGGGAGAGGAAGGGGGAGAGGGAAGCUGGAGGUCGGUUCUCGAAGAAGCGGGGGAGAGGAGAGGCGGAUGCUGAUGCUGGUGCUGCUGGGAGUGGUGCUGCUGCUGGCGCUGUAGCUGAUGCUGCUGAUGGUGCUUCUCCUGCUGUGACAGGGUUGAGCGAACGGGAUAGGCGAGAGGGACGAGAGGGGAGAGAAGGGAGAGAGGGGAGAGAGGGACGGGAAGGGCGAGAGGGGAGAGGAGGGAGAGAUGGAGAAGAGAGAGCAGGGGCGGACGGUGCAGAGCAGGCAGAGCAGCAGCGGAGCAAGCGCGCUGCGGGGGACAGGAGGGGCGCAGAGCAGGGUGGUACUGGUGCGGGGGAAGAGGGAGGUGGUGGGCGGGCGGCGAUUCACAAGGCUGUGGCUGGUGGGAUAGUACAGAGGGACGGGCAGAGGGACGGGCAAAGAUUUGGUGCCACAACCCCAACCAAAGCCAAGGCCAAGCCCACUGCAGCUGCUGCCACCCGCCCUGUGCCUCCACCUCGCUCUGCUGCCGUCCUUUCCCCCACUCGCCCCUCCUCUCGCCCUCCCCCUCGCGCUUCCCCCCGCGCCCCCCCACCUGCUCCCCCGCGCCCGGCUGUCCCGUCUGCAGCAGCAGACCGCGCAGCAGCAGCCAUGGCUGCUGCGAGGAGCCUGGGAGGGGGGUUGGACUGGCCUCCUGAUGACACUCCCGAGGCAGAGACUCGCGCUGACGCCCACGCCACUCCUCAAAACCCCGAGGAUUCGGAGAGCUUUGAGGCUCUUCAGAUGAGUGGGAAGGCUGUUGAGGCAGCAGAGGUGGUGGCGAAAUCUGGAGCACAGGUGAGGGCGGCAGGGGCGGCAGGGGCGGCGGAUGUGGGAGCAGUGGUGAAGACUGUAUUAGCAGCUGAGGCGAGGGGUGGGGGGGAUGGGCCGGGUGGUGGCAUUGGGGAAGUGGGUGGUGAUGGUGGGAAGGGUGCUGAUUGGAUCAUGUUGGAGCAAGGGGAGGAGGAGGAAGAGGAGGAGGAGAGAGGGAUGGGAUGUGGGGUUGAGCGGGCGGAGCAGGGGGGGAUAGCAGGGGAAGAGGAGGGAGAGGAGGAGAGUGUGGAUGUUGAGGACGCUGAUGAUGAUACUGAUGAGGAGGAGGAGGGGGAAGAUGAGGAGGAGGAGGAGGAGGACGAGUAUGAUGAGGAGGAGGGGGGGUUUGACAUGGAUGGGGGGGCGGUGGCAGCUCUGGCAGCAGCGGGGAUAGACAUCAGCAUGCAUGGCACGAGGAGCCUCUCACAGGCUGACGUGGCAGCUGCUUGCCACCAGUACGGAGCCGCCUUCAUAAUGGCUCUCCUCCACGAGGUGGCGCGUGAGGCGUCGUACCGCCGCCACCUGCACUGGCCAUCCAUUGCCGCCCGCCUCUCGGCCAAUCACAGCUUCCCCAUCGCCAGCCUGGCUCUCUGCCAGCUUCUCUGGCGCUGGCUCGCCUACGGCCGCCCCUUCUCACACCUCGACACCCUGCCCUCCGCGCCGCUGCUGAGGUCACUCAAAAGGACAUUCGUUUCCUCACGCACCCCUUCUCACGGCUCGUAUGCUGCCUCGCCAACAGCUGCCCCUUCUCGCACCCACCUCAAUGCUCUGCCCUCCGCGCCCCUGCUGGAGGAGGAGGAGAGCCAUUUGGAGGAGGAGCUAGAAUACCCACUGGACACAUUGCAUUUGAGGCGAUUGAUUAACCCAUGUCAUGCGCUGGAGGAGGAGGAGAGCGACGUAGAGGACGAGCUGGAGUAUCCGCUGGACACAUCGCCUCACCUUGUGUCUGCCGCUGCAUCGUUUGUCAAGGCUGACUUGGCUGAUACGGGCAUUGCCUACGGGUGGUACCACUCGUGCCACCGUGAGAAGCACGGCGCAUGGCAGCAGCGGCAGGCGGAUGGAGGAGGGAAGAAGCACAAGGAGCAAGGCACGGCACAGGCCACGGAACAACAGCACGGCGAGCAGGUGCAGAGGCAGCAGCGCACACAAGGAGCUGAUUCUCCUGAUCCUUGGGACUUAGGCAACCCUGCUUCUGCUGCCCAUGGCCCGCCCCAUGACCUUUCCAAUCUGCACGGUCCGGGGCACACCUCCCCACCGCUUCAGUUUCCAUCCGCACCUUUGCUCCGUGUCGAGCCUACUGCUGCUGAGGCUGGCGGGGGGGAGAUGGGGAUAGAGGAGGGAAGGGGGGGGAGAGGGGGCGUGGAGAAGGGAGGAGAGGGGGGAAAGAAGCGGAAAUGGGAGGGGACGAGAGAAGGGAGGGGGGAUGGGGAGCAUGCGGGAAGGAAGGGAGUGCGAGGGCGGGAUGGGAAGAUGGGGAAAGCGAUGAGCGGUGGGGAGGAUGGGGGGGAUGUGGGGGAUGGGGAUGGGGGGGAUGAAGGUGGGGAGGGUAAGGAUGGGGAGGGCAAGGAGGGGGAGGAGGAUGAGGACGAGGAGGAGAACAAGCCGGUGGCCCGUCUGGUGAGUCAACACGAGCCAGUGCCCAAGGCUACAGAUGGUUCAAAGGGGGAGGAUGGGAUAGGGAAGGAGCAAGGCAAGGUGGCGGAUGGAGCAGGAGGAGGAGCGGGGGCAAGUCGGAAGGCAUUGGGGAAGGGCUCAGAAGAAACAGCCUUGGCUGCAGGGGCAGGGGGGGGAGGAUGGGAGGGGGGAGCGAAGAAGGACGGAGCGAAAGCCGGUGCCGGAAAGCCGGCAGCAGCAAAGGCAUCGACAGGCGGUGGGGGGGAGGGCGGGGCAGGCGAGAAGAAGACUCACGGCGGUGGCAGCAGCAGCAGCCACGCUCAGCCUUCCAAACCCAGCAAGGCAGGCGCCGCUGCUGCUGCUGCACCUGCUGCUGCUGCACCUGCUGCUGCUGCUGCUGAUGCAAGCAGUGCGGGGGGUGGCAGUGGCGGCACAGAGGGAAAGGGGGCUGCGGGGGGAGGGGGAGGGGCAGCAGGGGGAGCAGCGGCAGCGGGGGGAGCGGAUGGAGAGGCGAAGAAGAAGCGCAAGGCAUGGACGCCAGAUGAGGACAAGCUGCUGCUGAAGGCGGUGGAGGUGUAUGGCGAGGGGCAGUGGGGGCGCGUGCUCAAGAGCGAUUUGGGGAUUGAACGCAAUGCAGCCCAGCUAUCUCAGGCGGUGGAGGUGUAUGGCGAGGGGCAGUGGGGGCGCGUGCUCAAGAGCGAUUUAGGGAUCGAGAGGAAUGCGGCACAGCUGUCCCAGCGCUGGUACAUUCUACGAAAGAAGUUUGAGAAGGAGGGAGUGCCGAUCCCAAUUCCAUUGCUCACUGUCUCCCUCACCACCUCUCGCUGCUCUCUCGCCUCUUCCCUACCCCCACACCAGCGCUGGUACAUUCUACGAAAGAAGUUUGAGAAGGAGGGAGUGCCGAUCCCAGGCCGCAAGGCAAGGGAGGCUCGGGAAGCAGCAGCGAGAGAGGCAGCGGCGAAAGAAGCCGCUGCAAAAGAAGCAGCGGCUAAAGAGGCGGCUGCUAAGAAGGCUGCUGCUAGGGAGGCCGCUGCGAAAGAGGCAGCGGCUAAGGCUGAAGCUGCUGCGAGGGAAGCAGCAGCAAGGGAAGCGGCGAGAGAAGCAGUGAGGGAGGCGGCAAGGGAGGCAGCAGCUAGGGAAGCAGCAAGAGAAGCAGCAGCUAGAGCGGAGACUGAAGCGGCUGGUAAGGCAGGAGAGGGUGGUGUGGGAGGGGAGACUGGGGAUGGGAGUGGGGCGGGGAUGCAGCAGCAGCAACAGCAGCAGCAACAGCAGCAGCAACAGCAGCAACAGCAGCAGCAACAGCAGCCAGCGCAGCAGAGAGGAACAGCGAGUAGCAGUGGUGGUUUGGGGGAAGCACCCAACCAAUGGGCUCACAGAACCGGAUCUGCUGCAGUGCCAGGUGGUACUUCGGGAUUGGCCCGUGGGGUGGCUAGUGGGGCGGCAGGCAGGGGUGCAAGUGGGAGGGGAACAACUGGCAGGCUGACGUCAGCACAGGCAUGGGCGCAGCAUCAGCAGCAGCAGCACCAGCAGCACCUGCAGCAGCAGCAGCAGUUGCUGCAGCAGCAACAGCAGCAGCAGAGGCGCAUGGCAACUGCUAUGGGCCGAGGCAGGGGCUUUCCAGGAAAUUCCCCGUACGCUUCCGCAGCUGCUGCCUCAGCCGCUGCCGCCGCUGCUAAUGCUGCCAAAGCAGCGACAGCUGGUGGUUAUUCACCCGGUGGGCUUCCGGGCGGCAGAGACCCACUGGUGCAGGCGGCAGCAGUGGCAGCAGGGGCGCGGAUAGCCCCUCCCUCAGCUGCCGCCUCCCUCAUGCAGGCCGCUGCGGGGAAGGCAGGUGCGCCUGUGGUGGUGCACCACAUCACCCGCUCGCCCCAUACCUACAGCUCAGGCUCGGCAGCAGGGUUUGCGCCUGGCGGUGGAGGUUCGGGAAGAGUGCCUCCUCGGGAAUUCCCUCAGCAGGCGCACAGGGGGGCGCAGGGGGGGGUGCAGGCGCACAGGGGGGCGCAGGGGGAGGUGCAGGCGCACAGGGGGGCGCAGGGGGAGGUGCAGGCGCACAGGGGGGCGCAGGGGGAGGUGCAGGCGCUCAGGGGGGCACACAGGGGAGCAGAAAGAGCAGCAUGCAAGGUGCGUCCCAAGGCGGUGCGGCCCCAACAGCAGCAGCAGCACCACCACCACCUCCAACCGAGUCAGUAG